ACCGGCAAGCAAUUUUCCGUGAAUAAUGUUUGAUAGUUGCUAAGUGAUAUGAUAAAAGAUUGUAAGUUCUGUCAAUUAUUUGACGUCUUAACUUUAAUGUGGAAAUUAUAUCGAUUGAUUUAAUUGAUUUUACACGAAGGAAAAAGAUUUAUUUAUGUUUUUCGAUACUUUUACAGUGCUAAUGAAUAAUACAGGAAACAAUUAAUUUUUGUAACAAUAUAAAGUGAGCAAUGAACAAUACCGAUCGUAACGUUGAUGAGGAAAUUGAAAUGAUUGAAACACAAGGCAGUGGCGAGCCUGAUAAUACGAGGAAUGUCAAUUCCAGAAAUCUUUUUUUGCAACAAAGAAUUUUCGCUCAUCAUGCACGUCAUUUGCCGUCCAGAAGAAUAGUGGCACUGGCGAAUGGGAGAAGUGAAGGUUUAAAUGAAAUUUCCUCAUUCAUUCCACAAUUGACGUUGAGGAUAAGAAAUUUACCUUUGGAGGAUCAUGCAACAAUGAUAGCGAAUCAUAUUGAACAAAAUGACGAUCUUAUGCAAAAUGAUCCACAAUCGGAGCAUCUUCGAAGUGAAAUUUUACGAGACAUGCCACAAUGUUUAACUGUCAAGAGAACAGUGAAGGCAAAAUUGAGUUUCAGUGCUAGUCAAAAAUUAAAGAAGAAACCUGUUGGAUAUUUAAAACGACUCAAAUAUAGAAUUAGCAUGUCUUUCACAAAGUUCAAUGUGGCUUUACGUGAAAUAUGUUCAGAAAUGGAAUUGUGGUAUCAUCCAAUAAAAUCGAUAGAAGGACAAUUUGGAAGUGGAAUAGCGACUUAUUUUAAGUUUCUACGAUGGUUGUUUCUAAUUAAUAUAAUUACGUGCCUAUUAAGUGUAUCUUUUAUAAUUAUACCACAAUCUUUAAUUGGCACAAAAUUAGACAAUUCUUUUCGUUAUUUAGAUCUACUACUUGGGAAUGGAUUUCUCACGAAUUCGUUAAUGUAUUAUGGAUUUUAUUCAAACCAAAGUAUAAAAGUGAUGCCUGCCAAUACGUAUCAUAUUCCCUCGGCAUAUUUUUUGACUUUAGGUUUUUGUUAUUUAUUCACCUUUGUUCUUCUUUGUUGCAAAGUGGCGCAAUCGUACAGAAAAUGUUUUAUCGAAACAUCAGGAGGAAUUUAUAAUCAGUAUGCAAUGAAAAUUUUCUGUGGUUGGGAUUUUGGUAUUUCAUCAUACAAAGCUGCAAAAUUAUGCUCAUCAUCUUUGCAUAGAGAAUUAAAGGAACUUCUCAGUGAAACAGAAAGUGACAUUGAUUUAUCAUGUUUCACGAAAUUCUUAACAAUUGCCAUUCAAAUUCUAAUGACAAUUUUUGUCCUCGCAAUGAUUGCUAGUACCGGUGGAUUAUUAUGGAUUUUGCUCAAUCAACAUAAAGCGGAUGUGAAUAAUGUCUGGUCGAUUUUAAUGGUGCCUCUAAUUGUCACUGGAAUUAUAAACAUCUUUCCUUCCCUCAUUUCAUGGCUUGCAAAAAUGGAAAAAUACAGUAACGAUAGAAUAACAUUGUACGUGACGAUAAUAAGAAUGUACACAAUGACAUUGGUCGUGAUUGGAACACUGUUAACAUAUUGGAUAACACGUGGAAAUUUUGAUUGUUGGCAAACGCAAUUGGCGCAAGAAAUUUAUCGACUGAUUCUCCUUGAUUUUAUAAUAUCAGUCAUUGGUGUUUUAUUGGUUCAAAUGAUACGUUCAAAAUGUUGUACAAUAGCAUUUGGAAAAAAUGUUUGUUCACCAAAUUUUGAUAUUGCUCGAAAUACCAUGAAUUUAAUUUACAAUCAAACAUUAUUUUGGGUGGCAUUCUAUUUCAGUCCAAUGAUGUCUGUUAUUAUUGUUCUGAAAAUGAUGUUGACAUUUUAUAUUAAAAAAUUUGGACUCGUCACAUUUUGUGAACCACCAACGAAACCAUGGCGUGCCGCUCAAACUCAAACACUUUUCUUGGCUUUGGCUCUAUUGGGAAUGGUUGGUUCUUUAAUUGCAUUGGGAUUUGUUACGAUUUACAAGACAACCGGCGAUUGUGGUCCAUUUAAUGCUCAUAAUUUUAUUUGGGAAGUUUUCGCUGAAGAGAUUUUAUUGGUUAAGAGGAAUAGUGUUGUUUGGUCGAUUUGCGAGCAAUUUGUCGGCGUUGGAUCAAUGAGUGUUGUUCUUGUAAUUAUGUGCAUCUCUGUUUACUAUGUGCGUGCGAAGGCCAUAGCCACGAAAGAAAUGGUUCAAAUUCUACGUGAAAUGUUAAUUAUGCAGUCACGUGAUAAGGAAUUUUUACUAAAAGGAUUUACUCAAUUUUCCAAAAAUGGUUUGCGUAGUUCAUUGCGUGAUCAACAGAGAGAAAGGUCUUUUAGAGAGAAAAAUAAAGAGAAUACUUCUCUACGUGCUGGCCCAUCGAAUGCCGAGUAUUAAUUUCCAAAAAAAAAAAUAUCUAUAAAUAAGUGAUGAAAACAAUUAAAGACUGUAUUUAGCCAAAUUUAAGAAUUGUUAAAUAUUUUACAAGUUUAAAUUUAGUUUUUAUUUACAAAUUAUUAAAUAAUUAAAUUAACUUUUCGUUUAAACAAAAAGUAAAAUAAAUUAUAAUUUAUAAUAUAGUUUAUUGUAAUUUAUAUUAAUUUAUUUAAUGGUUAUUUCCGUAACUAUGACGAUUCAUUGAUCAAACAGUAUAACUUAACCUUUUGACACCUGAUUUACGAGUAAAUUGAAAAUUACUCCCAACAAUUUUAAAGUUAUUUCCAAAAAAUGUGAUAAAUAUUUU